AUGAAAAGUGUGGAGAAAGGAGAAAAAAACCAAGAUUUCUGCGAAUUAAGUGGGAUUUUUGAACAGUCUAGAGAAUUUCAAGUUGUAGUCUGGGAUUUAAUAACGAACGGAUGUUUUUCUCUUUUCCAGGUUUUCCGUGCUUGUCCGGGAUUUACACGUUUACGACUCCAUACAAAAGGUGGUUCAACAGUAGCAUUUGCGGAAUUUAGCGAUGUACGACAAGCUACUAUUGCGAUGAGUCAGCUUCAAGGGGCUCAUAUUGCAAGUUCGGAUCGUGGCGGUAUUCGCAUCGAAUACGCAAAGAAUAAGAUGAGCGAUGUGAAUGGGCCCAUGUGCGUAGCGUAUCCUUCAUUCUGA